AUGUUGUAGCAGAAGAUUUAGGAUAGACUCUGGAGGCAACUUUAAAGGGAAAGUGAGAGACUGAGACAGAGAAUUAGAGGGUGGGUUUCAAGUUUUUAUUUUUAUUUGGAUUUUUCUUUCUUUCUUGUUUAGUUUUAUCCGUUUACUUCGAGAAGAGAGAGAGAGAGAGAGAGAGAGCUGUGGUGUGUGUGUGUUUUGUCACGAUCAUUGGAUGCACGUGGAAGCCCAGAAGGAAGCAUGGCUCUUUCUGGGGCUCAUAAAGAUAGGGAGUUGAGGAUUCAUGAAAGUUUGGAUGAGCUUAGCACUGAUUUGGCAGACUAUAUUGCCGAAUUAUCAGAGGCAUCAGUGAAGGAGCGAGGUGUAUUUGCUAUUGCUUUAUCUGGUGGUUCUCUCAUUAGCUUAAUGGGAAAACUCUGCGAAGCUCCUUAUAACAAGACUGUAGACUGGGCGAGAUGGUAUGUAUUUUGGGCCGAUGAGCGUGUUGUAGCAAAAAGCCAUGCUGAUAGCAAUUACAAGCUUGCAAGGGAUGGCCUUCUCUUCAAGGUACCAAUUGUUCCCAGCCAUGUGCAUUCUAUUAAUGAUUCAGUGUCUGCAGAAGAGGCUGCUAAUGAGUAUGAGUUCGUCAUUCGACAGGUAGUUAAAUCACGCAUCAUUAGUGUAUCCGACACUAGUGAUUGCCCAAAGUUUGAUCUCAUCCUUCUUGGAAUGGGCUCUGAUGGCCAUGUUGCCUCACUAUUUCCCAAUCACUCAGCGCUUGAAGAAACAGAUGAAUGGGUAACUUUCAUUACUGACUCCCCCAAGCCACCACCUGAGAGAAUUACAUUCACUUUGCCUGUCAUCAACUCAGCUUCCAACGUAGUUGUAGUCGUGACAGGUGACAGCAAAGCCGAAGCAGUACACUUGGCACUCGACGACGUGGGACCUGACUGCCCCUUGGUACCUGCAAGGAUGGUCCAACCAACAACAGGGAAGUUGGUUUGGUUUUUCGACAAGCCAGCUGCCUCAAAACUUGAUGGCUCUCAAUUUUCCAAGUAGGGUCAAUCUCCUCUUGCCAAAAUGUAUGUUUGUAUUUAGUGAAGAGAUUCGAGGCUUGUGGAUCUGUUUUCUUCAUCAUUUUUACUUUUCUUCUUUUUGUUUUUGGGCUAAUAUUCUCCAUUUUGCUUUGUCUUCCUCUCUUCUGUGGGGAGAUUGGAGAAGUGUGAUUAUCCUUUUUUCUUUUUUUUUUUCUGCCUGUUUCUUUUUUUCUUUUUUGUAACAAGAGGUUAAUAAAGUUGGGGCCUCGAUGCAAAAGCCUGUUUUUUAAUUUUAA